AUGACUUCCUUCCUACCCGUGAAUAGUGUCCCCGCCACAAAAGACCAUGUCAUGGACGAGCCAACGACGCCAACCACCCCUCGACCGAAACCUUCGACCGUAGCGUCUUCGCAGGACCAAGGCGAGGACGCGAAGACAAAACCAAGUGAGGACAGCUCGAAGGAAACACCGAAGCCGACUACUACUACUACAUCGUCACAACAAAGUGCCCCCUCCACCGCGUCGACGGGAGACGAAACCACAGUCGCUGAAUCGGAAGGGGACCGCGAACAAUCGUCGGAGCAAGACCGUAAUAACACCAGCAGUUCGGCUCCUCCAUCAAAGAAAAAGAAGGGCCAGCGGUUCUUUUGUACCGAUUUCCCACCGUGCACAUUGAGUUUUACGAGGAGCGAACAUCUCGCACGCCAUAUCCGCAAGCACACUGGAGAGCGCCCCUUUCAAUGCCACUGUUCCCGUCGCUUCUCUCGUCUCGACAAUCUCCGCCAACAUGCCCAGACCGUCCAUGUCAACGAGGAGAUCCCCGGAGACUCUCUCGCCGCUACAGGGACGCGGUUUCAGCGUCAAAUACGCACAGACAGGGUCCGUCCACAAGGCCGAGCAAGGGCUAGUACGGCUGGCAGCCAAGGGACGCAUAGCCGGGGGCACAGUCGCAAUCUCUCCACCUCGAGCGUCGCUUCUACGGCUUCCACCCUAAGUCAGCCCCCCGAGAUCCGAAGUCGACCGCCGCCCUUGAUCAUGGCAAACGAUGGAAGUGCUAGAGCUCACCUGACCUUGAACACUAUGGCCGAGCCGCCCAGGACUCCUCCCCCUCAAAUCCAUCCGAUAACUAGCCAGUCUCCGGGUGGGUACCCGCCGACAGCCGCAUUCACUGCUGGAGGUGGAAGCCCGCAUUACGGUUCUCCGAUAUCUGCUUCAUCCCAACCAGGCUACUGGGAUGGCAAGACUCAUGCGCGCCGCUUGUCAGUUCCCACGGGGACAACCCCGUUCUCGUCGUCCCUUGGAACCUAUCCCCCUCCGCACAUGACAUCCAUGCCUCCGUCACACUCUCCCUUCACUCAAAACGGGAGUGUGUACGCUAGCCCGACCAGUUCGGGUUACGCAUCAUCUCGAGAUGAGAGCAGUCUCAGUGCCUCGGAGGCCGAGUUACGGAGACGGACCUGGCAUCCUUCGACUUAUUACCCCAGACCGGCGACAAGUAGUCUGGUUAGCUUCGAAACUUCCAACACUCUCCGGCCCGCGGUUGGCUCGAACGGCUCGGCGGACCAGCCGACCAGGCUCCCCGGAAUCGAAAGUUUCGACAAAAUGCUUCAGGGGCGUCCUCUGACUCCUCCUCUACGCAAACCUAGCCCGAUGCAGAUUGAUCCGACUCGGGCAGCUCCCACUACAAGUCAAGGCUUUACUCCCGGUUUCACGUCCCAGGCGCCUCCCGCCUCUCGCCCGCAACCACCUAUCUCCGGACCUGGUCAUCGCCGAGGUCAGCUGUCCUGGGACCUGCACAAUACUCUCACUGGGCUUAGCCUUGGAGGCGGAUCUCCGCGGAAGGAUGCGUCGCCAUGGGGUCAACAAUCCCAGGGAGAAUCCAACAGCAUUGCUUCACGUCCCUUGGGUACGUAUCCACCGUCGUCUAAUCCACCACAGGGGGGUAGUGAGCCUGGCCGUGUUCCAGAGCCCACCGCGCCGCAAAAUAACAAGCCAUACGGUUGGCAGAGUGGCCCAACGGCGGGCAGUACCCCCGCCUCUCAGCCUCCACGGACAUCUCCUGAGGACUCCAGCAGCAGUGAAGGGGUCGCGACGCCAUCGACGUCUUCCAUGGAGUAUCAUCCAGCUAUUGUGCACAGCAACGGAUAUGUCGAACAACAUCAUCCGCUGCUUCCAGCAGAUGCUCAUCAGAAUGCUUGCGCGCCUCUUGCGUCUCAGCCUCCCGGGUAUCCUCCCAACUCCGAACGUCCGAGCCUCUUUGGUGGCUCUUCUGUACCGGCAAACGGAAUGGGUCGGCUGGAGGCUCUUGUCGCAGUGGCAACGAGUGAAAAUAAGGGCGCGUCGAGGUACUAUUGA